GCUUCCUGCAGGCACGGCCGGGACGGGGCGGCAGCGGAGUACUGGGAAGCCUGGGGAUGCCGGUGCCCACCCUCGGUGCGGAUCCAGAUCCCGGCAUGGAGAAGGAGGCAUCGGGUGAUGGCAAGGAGCCCUGGUUGGGCAACAGCAACAACAAUGCGGCGCCAGCGGGGUGGCAGUGCCGGCGAGGUGAGGAGCCCUCGUACCUACAGCGUGUGCUGCUGGAGAUUGUGGAGUCGGAGCGCACCUACGCCCGUGACCUGCGUGGCAUUGUGGAGGGCUACCUGGGGAAGAUCAUUGAUGCCCAAGAGCCGCCGCUGCGGCCGGAGCAGGUCAGCGCACUCUUUGGGAACAUUGAAGACAUCUAUGAGCUCAGCAGCAAUCUGCUGCAGAGCCUGGAGAGCUGUGCCUGUGACCCAGUGGCCGUGGCUGUCUGCUUCGUGACGCGGAGCCAAGAGUUUGACAUCUACACGCAGUACUGCAACAACUACCCCAACUCAGUGGCAACGUUAAGUGAGUGCAUGAGGAGCAAGCAGCAGGCACGUUUUUUCCGUGAGUGCCAGGAGGAGAUGCGGCAUGUGCUCCCACUGGGUGCCUACCUGUUGAAGCCGGUGCAGAGGAUCCUCAAGUACCACCUGCUGCUCCAGGAGAUCGCUAAGCACUUUGAGCACAAGUCGGGUGAUGACUAUGAGGUGGUGGUGGAGGCCAUCGACACCAUGACCUGUGUGGCCUGGUACAUCAACGACAUGAAGCGCAAGCAUGAGCAUGCCAUCCGGCAGCAGGAGAUCCAGUCCUUGCUGCUGCAGUGGAAGGGCCCCGACCUCACCACCUAUGGAGAGCUGGUACUGGAAGGCUCCUUCCGUGCGCAGCGUGCCCGCAGUGAGCGUGCUGUCUUCCUCUUUGACAAGCUGCUCCUCAUCACCAAGCGCCGUGGGGACCACUAUGUCUACAAGAGCCACAUCCCAUGCGCCUCGCUGAUGCUGAUUGAGAGCACACGGGACUCGCUGUGCUUCAGCGUGGCACACUACAAGCACAUCAAACAGCAGUAUGCCCUGCAGGCUAAGAGUGCAGAGGAGAAGCGGGUAUGGACACACCACAUCAAGCGGCUCAUCCUGGAGAACCAUCACGCCAUUGUGCCACAGAAGGCCAAGGAGGCCAUCCUGGAGAUGGACCUGUUCUACCCCCCCCGCCUGCCCCGCUGCAGCCCUGAGCACCUGCCCCGGAGCCACUCCUGCCACCCCUUAGAGCCACCACGCCAUGGCCGGCGGCAGUCUGAGCCCUUCCAGUGUCGUGACCGUGCUGAGACGCUGCCGGACCGACUGCAGGGGCAUGUGGGGCGCAGGCAGUCAGAGCCCGCCAAGCAGAUCCUGCAGCAGCUGGGAAGGAUGAAGCAUGCAGGCAGUGAGGGGACCCUCCUGGAUGCUGGGGAACCCCUCCAGCCCCCUAGGAGCUGGGCUGAGGAUGUCGUGGAGGAGGAAGAGGAAGAAGAGGAGCCUUUGCACAAGGACAGCCACGAGGAUGGGGACAGGGACGAGAAUGGGGACAUGGGAGAGAAGCCCCAGGAGGAGCAGGAGACCUGUGAGCGGCACCACGAGGACACUGCCACCCCUGUGUCCCCUGUGUCCCCUCCGUGCCACGGGGAACAUGAGGGGCUGGGGACCCCCACUUCCCCCUCUCCAUCGGGAUCCCUCCCACCAGCGGGGCUGCCUGACGAGGAGGAGCAGCACCCAGAGACAGGCACCGGGGAGGACCCACGGGCUCUCAGCAGCGAGGAGGAGGAGGAAGAGGAGGAGGAGGAAGGCCAUGGGAGUGGCAGCAUCCUGCCCCCCUCCGUGCUGGACCAGGCUAGCGUCAUCGCUGAGCGCUUUGGCAGCAGCAUGUCACGCCGUGGCAGCAUGGUGCUGGAUGGACGCAGCGGCAGCACCCUCAGCCUUGAUGGGGUGACCCCUCCACAAGAAAACAUGGAGUCCUGCAGCCCCCUGCCCUCCCCAGGCUCCCCCCAGGGCUGCCGGCGCCGCUCGCUGCUCUCCACCCAGGACCGGCUGCUGCUGCGUAAGAUCCGCAGUUACUACGAGCACGCGGAGCACCAGGACGCUGGUUUCAGCAUCCGGCGCCGUGAGAGCCUCUCCUACAUCCCCAAAGGACUGGUGAGGAACUCGGUGUCCAGGAUCAACAGCUGGCCUCCUCUGGAGCCGGGCAGCCCCAAAACUCCCACGGAGCCGGUGAGCCCCAAAGUCCUCCUGGAGCCAGGGAGCCCCAAAAGCUCCCCAGAACCAAUGAGCCCCAAAAGCUCCCCAGAACCAGUGAGCCCCAAAACGUCACUGGAACCAGCAAGUCCCCAAGUGUCACCGGUGCCGGAUGGAGGAGUGUCACCUCCUGUGUGCCGAGAGAAUGGGCUGCCCGAGCCUCCCGCAGAACCUCUGCUCAUCCUGGAGGAAGAGGAGGUGCCUCCCCCCCCAGAGGUGCUGGCUCUAGGGGCUCCCCCUCGACGUCUCACCAGCAGGGUGUACCAGCUGGCGCGCCAAUACAGCCUGCGCAUCAAGAGUCGACGCCGUGCCAUCAUUGCACCGGGGGACAAUGCCUCUCACACCCCAGAACCGGGUGGGAUGCAACGGGGGACCGCAGGCAUCGUCCCGCUACUGCCAUCCAGCUCUCACCCUGCUCCUUCCACUCCAGGUGUACCAAAGCUGCCGGUGUCACCCAGGGAUGGCAUCACCAUCCCAGCCCCACGCAGCCCACCCAGCCCACCCAGCCCCAGUGGCACUGCCGAAGCCUUCUCCUGGCCAGAUGUCCGGGAGCUGCGUGCCCGUUUUGGAGCCCCACGGCCCCCACCGGUGACACGCAGCCGCUCUGCGCCUGAGGGGCCAGAGCGUGGGGGGAGACCAGCAGCCAAAGAGCAGCAGGGUGGGGGCCGCAGCCGCAGUGCUGAGGCAGGCACUGGGACCCCAAAAGUGCCACGUGGCAAUGAGCACCAGCAUGCUGCGGGGCUGUGGGUGACGGCACAGGCACCUCUGGGCCCCGGCGGGCAGCGGGUGCUGGUUUUGGAGCGGUUGCCCUCCACCAUCGCUGCUGAGCCCCCAGCCUAUGUGCAGAUCCGCUCCCCCACCACCCGGGAGAAGAUCUGCCUGAAGGCAGUGGUGGAGCGCUGCAAGGCUUACCAGGCCUCCGAGGAGUACCGGCAGCGCUGUGCCCAAGGCCAGGCUGAGGCACCCGAGCCCCCCCGGCACGGCCUCGUCAGGGACCUGCGGCAGAAGUUUCAGACCCUCGACACUGCCAGCUAGGGAGGGCGGCCAGGAGAUGGGGCAGCCCAUGGACCACCAGGAGAUGGGACAGUCUAUGAACCCCUGGGAGAUGGAGCACCCCGUAGACCACUGGAAGAUGGGGCAUCCUAUGCACCACCAGGAGAUUGAAGGCACCUUGCACCAUCAGCAGAUGGGACAUCCCACAGACAACCCUUCUCCUCAGCUCACUCAGACCAAAGGGUACCCAGCUGACUUGGGAGAAGUUGUACUCAAUGGACCCCAUGAAGGGGCAUACAAUGGAACCCAGCUUGCUCAGGAGAUAGAGCACCCCAUGAUGGACCACUGGGAAUUGGGAUGUCCCUUGACCACCAGGAACUGGGACUCCCUACCACCAGCAGCAGUGGGACUCCAUGAACCUUUUGUUUCCCCAGGAUAAGGGGGACCUCGUGGACCAUCAGGAGAGGAAUCACCCCAUAGGCCAAUACAUGAAAGUGACCACGGUCCCCCACCCUACUUCCCGGAAGGGCCCUCACAUUGCACAGCCCUGGGCCACCUUGCUUUGACAUCUUUAUUACAAAAAAAAUCCCAAACCAAACCCAAAGUUCUCCCUGCCCGCACACUCCCCCCAGAGACGAGUGGUGCCCCCCACCCACAGCAAGGGGCCAAGCAUUUGGGGAGGUCGUGCUCUUCGUGCUCUUUGGUUGGUGCCCGUGGGGCUGAGGGCACGCUGGU